AUGUUGUCUUAUCGUCUCCUUCCAGUUCUUUUUAUUCUAACAAUCGGAUUUGUCGGAGUCACAGGAGAAAAUCAAGAGGAAAUUCCUUGUGAGGAUGAGUCAACAACAUCCAACAACAAUGGAAAAGAUACGACAGUCACAACAACACCUACUGUUCCCAAAACUACAACUAUACGCCCGUGUGGAAAAGUCAAUGCGCCUGUAACACCUUACCUAAGAAAGAAUGGUUACUGGUGCUCAAUGAUGUUUGUGUACGGCGCAAACAGUACUAAUAUCUAUGGAUACGACAAUGCUGUUUUCGACUGUAAUCUUAAUAAUUUGGUUUUGGGCAGUUUGGAAACGGACAAGGAAAAAGCUUCAUAUAUUAAAUUGGUCCAAGAAACGGUUCUCUAUGACCUCACUGCGUUCUGGGUAGCAGCGAGUCUCAACACAACUGAUCAUAAAUACUAUUGGGCCGAUGGGCAUGCAGUUGGACUUUUAGAUCCCCAACCAACAGUUGUUGACCCCAAUGGUCGUGUUGCUUGGUUCAUUAAUAAGAAUUCAAGUGUACCUGGUUAUGGAGAUUACAGAGUUGUUGAAAAAUCUGGUAACGGAAAUCCGAAAGUCAAUGCUAAUUUGUGUGGUGCCCCUGGAAUACAGUUUAAUUGA